AUGGAAAUCGACGACCUCGAUAAACUCCUUAUUUAUGAAUCCCGAGAAAUUGUGUCUCUGAUGGUCUUAAAUGGAAAUAUAUGUACAAUGAACUCAUCAGGGAUAGUCACUAAGCUAGAGACGCAGGAAAAACUCCUCGAGUGCUCUCCUCUUCUCAACCCGAUCAUCUCCAGUUAUAUAAUUGAAAAUCGUAUCCACGUGGUGUCCAACAAAUCGAUUUCCAGCUUUACACCAGAUUCACCACUGGACUAUGAGAGUUAUGAGACGGAGAAGAUGUCUUUCAGAAACCCCUCCCACCAACUAUGCUUUGGACCAUCUGAAUACACUGUCGAUGUGGCUUGCGAUAAAUCCAGUUUGUAUUCCCUCACGGCGGCUGGAGUGGUCUCGGUGUGGAAGUUGAGACCUAAUGGGUUAGAACUUGUGAUAUUCAACCAUAUAUGGGAGUUUUUCAGAAGAAAAUAUCGAGACCAACUGUUCACUACCUACUUGAAUCAUUGUACCAGGUUGUUGUUGACUUAUCCGCAGAAAUUCGUGAUCCUCACCGCCUCGGAAGUUCAUUUCGUCGUUUUCGGCACCGACUCGGACACCAAUGGCCCAUCGACUCGUCAACCCUAA